AAAACCUAGACAAAGAAAGGGAAAAACUACACACGCAGCCGUGGGAACAAAAACUGAGGCGCCGGAAUCUGGAGGUAAAAUCGCAAGGUGUGGGUCUUUGGUCUAGAGGGCGGAACUCGCCGGCGGUGGGUCUCGGUUUCGGAGGUCAGAGUGGUGGGUUUUUUGGGUCUCAGUUCAGCGGCGACGGGGCAAUUACUGGCGUGUGGGUUUUGGUCAAGAGGCUGGGCAAAAUCGUGGGGCACAAUUUGAAGGGCCGGACAGUCUAAGACAGUGACUGAGAGGCGGCGGUAAAGUCAAGUUUGUUAUUCUCUUCCAAGAGAAUGUUACAGUUACGGGGCGGUGCCAUGGUGAGGAACGAUGGAGAAGAAGGGGCCGAGCUCGCACAGCCUCAUGCUCGACACAUAAAGAAGAGAGCUCUCAGGAACAAAGCUCUUUCUGUCUCUUUCAAUGAGAAAGACUUGAGGGACUUUGUUACUGGAUUUCACAAGAGGAAGAAGAAAAGGAGAAAGGAAGCAAAGAAGCAACAAGAGGAAGCUAUCCGGCGGAAGCGCAUCGAAGCACGCAAAAAGAGAAGAUUAGAAAAAGAUCUGGUGCUGUAUGGCGGUGUUCUUCCAGCUGACAGGCCGGUUGAUGAAGAGAAUGAUGAUCACGAGGAGGGGGAGGAGGAUGAGGAAGAGAAGCCAUUAGCACCAUUUUCUGAGACGACAACGUAUGACAGUGGAAAUAUCAAAGUCACUGUGAUAACAAGUGAAGUAUCUCGGGAAGAAGAAAUCGAUCCCAUUGACAAGCCACAGACAGCAACAACCCAAUUGUUCGCAAAGGAUAAGAAGCAUAACCUGCCAGUUACCAAAAAGAAGCCAUUCAAGAAAGUUGCAAAACAGAGGUCAAGGCCAAAAGCCCGAAGUAAAAGAGACAAGAGGAAAGGAAAGAAAAAGAAAUAGGUAAUUAUACUAAGAAUUUUAGCUCUUUGCUAAAUGUUCAAUGUGAUAUCAUUUAUUCGUUAUCUCAUGAGAAUUACGUAGUGAUCUUGAGCAAUGGGUGUAGGGACUUUGAGGGUUUUAUUCGUUAUCUCAUGAGAAUUACGUUGUGAUCUUGAGCAAUGGGUGUAGGGGGGACAUUGAGGGUUUUGUAUUACUUCGUACAAGCUUGGCCAUUUUGCGAACUGAAUGUGCAACUUUUAUUUUUAUGAGAAGCUGAAAUGAUUCAUUCAGAACUCCAAGAAGAAAAAAUAACAGAUCAUCUAAGCAUAAAAGAAAAUUCGUAUUACUCUA